AUGAAGGUCCUGCAGGAUGGUAGUGGAUACUACAAUACCAUGAAGGUCCUGCAGGAUGGUGGUGGACACUACAACACCAUGAAGGUCCUGCAGGAUGGUAGCGGAUACUACAACACCAUGAAGGUCCUGCAGGAUGGUGGUGGACACUACAACACCAUGAAGGUCCUGCAGGAUGGUGGUGGACACUACAACACCAUGAAGGUCCUGCAGGAUGGUAGCGGACACUACAGCACCAUGAAGGUCCUGCAGGAUGGUGGUGGACACUACAACACCAUGAAGGUCCUGCAGGAUGGUAGCGGAUACUAUUACUUUAAUGGUGUCCUGAAGGGGUUGGGGGAAGCAUGA